CCCAUCUCUGCCAAAAAACCCUCGCCUAUGUCACUCGCCCUUUACUGGUUUGGCCCAAAGCCAUCGCCUGCGUGAACGAACCUUCGCCAUUAGAGCUAGCUGGGAAGGAAACGACCGGAUCCCGACUUACAGAGAGCAACGAAACUCCCAUCUCUCUUGUCCUUCCUCUCCGCUCCUACCAGAAACCAUUGAGGAAGAUGUCCGAUGAUAAUGUGGCUACUAAAAGCCACAAUCAAAAAAAUUCAGUCAGCAACUCAUCAUCAGCAUCUGAGAUUGACAUGUCUUGGAGUGAAGUUCUUGCAAACAUAAUGCACCAAGCAUCAAUAUAUGGAAUAGCAGCCGGGUACUGCAUCUCUGCCUCACUUCUCUCAAUCAUCAACAAAUGGGCUCUCAUGAAGUUCCCCUACCCCGGCGCCUUAACCGCCCUACAAUACCUCACCAGCGCCCUUGGAGUCCUGCUCUGUGGUCGGCUAAACCUCCUUGAUCAUAACAAACUCGAUCUCUCAACAAUGUUGAAAUUCUUACCCGCCGCCGUCAUCUUCUACCUCUCCCUCUUCACCAACAGCGAACUUCUUCUCCAUGCCAAUGUUGACACAUUCAUUGUGUUUCGAUCCGUCGUCCCCAUGUUCGUCGCCGUCGGCGAAACUCUCUUUUUGAUGCAGCCGUGGCCUUCUCUCUCGACCUGGCUUUCGCUAACCACGAUUUUCGUCGGCAGUCUCAUUUACGUCCUCACCGACUAUCAGUUCAACUUGACUGCCUACGGUUGGGCCGCCGCAUAUCUUCUGAGCAUGUCGAUUGAUUUUGUUUACAUCAAACAUGUAGUCAUGACGAUCGGUCUCAACACUUGGGGACUUGUUCUCUACAACAAUCUUGAAGCCCUCUUGUUGUUUCCCCUUGAGUUGGUUGUUAUGGGGGAGCUGAAGAAGAUAAAACACGAGAUUGUCAAUGAGUCAGAGUGGUUUUCUGUCGGUGUGAUUCUGCCGGUCGGGCUCUCGUGCUUGUUUGGUGUAGCCAUUUCAUUCUUCGGUUUCUCGUGUCGUCGGGCGAUAUCCGCCACAGGUUUCACAGUGCUUGGCAUUGUCAACAAGCUUCUGACUGUGGUUAUAAAUCUGAUGAUAUGGGAUAAACAUUCAACCCUGAUUGGAACGAUCGGGUUGCUCAUAUGCAUGCUCGGCGGAGUUCUUUACCAGCAAUCUACGUCGAAGCCAAAGGCGGCAGAAGUUCGAGUUGAGUCCGGGCUGGAGGAUGAAGAACAACAGAUGCUUAUGGAGAUGAAGGUUGAAGUUGAGCUGGAUAAGAGCCAGGGAAUUGUUGAUGAAGAGAACAAAUAAGGAUUUUAAGGCUUUUUUUAUGAUCUGUUUGAAGUUAAGGUGGACAUGGGCGCAUUUUUUGAUCAAAUAAAGCUGUUGGAAUUGGCAAUCAUUGUGUUGUUUCAUGACUCAGGGAGAGAUUUUUGUCUCGCUUUAUUUCAGUAUAUUAUGCCAAGACUGAAACAGAAAUUCUCUUGACUAAAUAUUUGUUGUAAAUGGAUUCCAUUUUUCUCUUUGAAGAA